AUGUGGACGUACCCAUUGCUUAUUUUGUGUCUUCUCCAGGGACCUUUAGGCCUACUCGUCCUCUUGGUGGUGAACCUGGUGUUAGUGAGUGGCACUCCGGUGGUAGUGGGCGACACUCCGGUGGUGCUGAGCGACACUCCGGUGGUAGUGAGCGGUACACCUGAGUCGCUUCCAGUGGAUUGCAGCGACCUCUAUAGCAACGGCUUCGGUAACAGUGGCGUCUAUACGAUCUUUCCAGCGGGACCCACUUCCCCGGUUCAGGUGUUCUGUGAAAUGGGCAGCAUGGAUGCACCAGAUAGUAACAAAUGGACGGUCAUUCAAAGAAGGACUGAUGGCACCAUUAACUUCUACCGUGGGUGGGAACAGUACAAGACUGGAUUCGGACAAGCGCCAAGUGAAUACUGGUUGGGUCUGGAGAAUAUCCAUCUCCUAUCUGGGAAAAAAAGCUAUAAGCUGAGAGUGGACAUGGAGGACUUCGAUGGCGGAAAGGUAUUCGUGGAGUAUUCCUCCUUCAACGUGGCCCCAGAGAAGGACGGAUACAGGCUUACGUUAAGUGGCUUCAAAGACGGUGGCGCGGGAAAUUCGUUGGAUCAUCAUAAUGGUCAGAAGUUCUCAACGUUUGAUAAGGACCAAGAUUCUGAUGCUACAAACUGUGCAAAAACCUACCUUGGAGGAUGGUGGCACAAUAAAUGCCAUCUUUGCAACCCUAACGGGGAGUAUUUGUGGGGCGAAUCACCCUAUGGCAUUGGAGUUAAUUGGUCUUCUUGGAAAGGAUACACGUAUUCCUUAAAAGCCAUUGCAUUUAAGUUAAGUCCCCAACUGGAACUGGAUGCUAUUGGAUGAAUUGUAGUAGAAUUACAAUUCAUUGACAGUGUGACUAUUUAGUUGACGAGGGUUAGGCCCGUUAUAUUAAGUCAUAAGUCAUUAUAUACAACGUCCACAUGUUAAGCAUCAGAUGGGAUUUCAGCAUUAUAUUGUUUAGGCCUUUUACUCAAUAAAGAUAAUAAUAAAAUGAGAACAUUUA